AUGCCCUCGUCAGACUACACCACCGCCACGGGCGGCGCUCUAAAACUAAAAGGCAUCGGCGGCAUCGACAAAACCAAAAAGAAGAAGAAGAAACUCUCAAAAGCAACCACCGAAGCCUCCAUUCCCGCCCAAGAACCCACUGCCACAACCAGCGAAGUCGCACCCCGCACCUCAUCAGGCGAUGAUGCUGCAAAAUCGCAGUCCGGAACUCCCGGUCGCUCGCUCUCGCCUGAGGCUGCAGAGCGCUCGUUUAGAGAGGGAGCUGGGGGCCGUAGGAAGACGGAGGCGGAGCGCAGGCACGAUGAGAUGCGGCGCAAGCGGUUGGAGGAGAGGAUGAGGAAGGAGGGGGUCAAGACGCACAAGGAGAAGGUGGAGGAGUUGAAUAGAUAUCUUAGUGGGCUGAGUGAACACCAUGACAUGCCAAAGAUUGGGCCGGGUUAA